AAUUUUUACGAGUUGAACAUGAAAAUGGAAUACACUCCUUUUCUGAGAGUUGCAGUAAAUAAGCCGCAUUCCGAUGUGCAGCGUUUUAUUAGUGAAAUUGAGGGAUUUUGUCAGAUGGUGCAAAAAUGGGACGAUGUCAAAGUCAUUUUCGUAAGAUAUCAAGACGCAAGAUGUGCUGAACUCGCCGCAGGAAAGCUAAAAGCUAACCAACACGUUGGUUUUGUUGGUCCAAUGCCUAAGUGGCACUUCUUCAAGGCAGGGUACAAACCUCAACCGGACCGCGAAAAGCCAAUGCCCGGAACCCUAAUGGCGUCAGCUUCGUCGCGACCACUUUCGCCACAGAGGCAAAAGCCUCAACGACCAUUGCCUAAACAGCCGGCAAUAUUCACGAAUGCGCCACUGUCAGAAACGUCACCUAAUUAUAUGCGUUGCUCUUAUUGCGCUGCGUUCCCAGUAGCGUUGCAAUGCGGUGCUUGUGGUGCGUUUUACUGUAACGGUCUGUGCCAGAAGCGGCACUAUGAGGCCCACAUACAUUCCUGUGUCAUGCCACCCCUUGUUCUUAUGCAACACUACGAUGAAGUUAACCUGCCCGAAAUGAUGCGGCUCAAUAACUCCGAUGCACCGUAUGUUUCGGCUAACGGCCAACAACCGGCAUCGAACAACAUCCCAAAAGGCAUACAGGAGAAGAUAAAUUUAAAAACAACUACAUCAUUAAAGAAGAAACAUGAGGCACCAUCGGCGCAAGUAACCAGCGGAACGGGAGCAGGAACAAGUCUAUCGAACAUCAUGUCGAAACUCAUGCAGCCGCAGCCACUUCUUCCCAAUUUUCCCCAUGUUUCGGCUAACGACCAGAAACCGGCAUUGAAGAACAUGCCGAAAGGCAUGCCGGAGAAGAUAAAUUUAAAAACAACUCCAUCAUCAAAGAAGAAACAUGAGGCACCAUCGGCGCAAGUAACCACCGGAACGGGAGCAGGGCCAAGUCCAUUGAACAAAAUGCCAAAAGGCAUGAGCACGUUGCCGGAGAAGGCAAAUGCAAAGGCAGCUCCAUCGCCAGCCGAGAAAGCUGAAGAAUGUCAAAAGUCCGCACUACAGCAGGCAGAUUUCCCUGCCGUGGGGGCCACGGUGAAAAUAUCGUUCGUUGGGGAAAAUGAGAUUUACAUAUAUGAUGCCGGCCCUGGGCCGCACGGUCGACCCAAUGCGCAUAUCAAACUAAUUCGUCGCUGUCUAGAGGAGGGUCGAAAGAAAGGGAACACCUUGACAAAAGCUCCCGUAUUUGGAGACAUAUUGCUUGCACCGUUCAGUGGCGAGUACUACCGUGCCGUGGUUAAUUCGGUAGAAGGGAACUGGGCGGAAGUUUUCUUCGUCGAUUUCGGUAACUCCGAGAAGCUCGAGUGGGCCGAGUUCAAAACGAUUCUGGAACCGGACCUCAAAUACGCUGACCGUACAGCGCACGAGGUGUGGAUCGCCAAUAUUUCCAAGUUCACGGAGCCCAUCCGGAUGCAGCUCAACGAACUGGAAGCUGAAGAAUUUGAAUUGUCCAAUGUAAUCGAUAUGUCCAAUACAAGCAUUAAGCUGGUGGAACUGCGCCACCCGACGGAAUUGUAUUAUCUCAGCGACAAGUUGCGCCAGCUGCUCAAGAAGGACGAGAAAGUACGCACAUCGGCGGAGAUGAAUAAGAUAGUGGUGGCACCUGAUCCGGAAACUUACGUUCCGGUAUUGGACGACGAAAUAAUUGAAACCAGUAUUCCGGCAGAAAAUGGCGUCGAGUUGAUCAUAAUAGACGCGUCCUACGUGCGCCAUAGUUCAUCCAGUCAAAUUGCGGUGCUCGUAAAAGCAAAUCAAAAAAAGUAUGGUGAGGUCAUGAGUGAAAUUCACCGCUACGGAGAAGCGGAUCAGAAUGAGUACAAGCCCCAGCAAUGUGGUGAGCUAUGCUUGGUUUAUUUUGAAAGUAUCUGGACUCGGGCGAUGUCCACAGAUGUCCAGAGUGAUACCAGUGAUUAUAUGCUGUUCGAUAUGGGCAUUCUGUGUAGCGUGCCUUUGAAGAACGUACGCCGAUUUCCCCCGAAAUUGUCGCGUACAUUGUACGUCGUGACGGAUUGCAUUGUUGACAAUCCCGCAACAUUGUUCGAACUCGCGAAAGAGUCAACUCCUGAGAAUUUGCGCACCAAACUGAUCAAGGUCAACGUAAAGCCGGAUCUGGAUAGUGACGGUUCGCAGCACGUUACUGUUAUUUCCGUCGCUGACACAGUUUCAUGAUCCGUGCAAUAUCCUUUUUUUUCUUUCAAGAUAUUUUAAUUUUUUUGCAGCGAAAUCAUCUCACAUUACAACAUGUUUACAAUAAAUUCCUGAUUUGAACACAUCUUUGUGUUGUUUCAUUCAUCAUUGUUUCAUUUCAC